UAAAUUGGUUCAUAACUGCUUGUGUAUGUCAUAAAAAUUAGAAUUUUGUCUGACAUUUGGCCACAUGAUCUUUCCAAUAUUAAGUAGACAGGCGGUAAUGGGUCACGCAUGCAAAGUGUUUUCUUUCUAAAUUGCAAUGCUGGUACUUAUCAAAUCCUGAUGGCGAUUGUGACUCGACUUAUAUUCAGUUUCUGUAACAAUGUUGCAAAAUCAGCGUGUAAUUGCAUACAAUACCUUAUCACAUUGUAAAUUAUGAUUACUGGCGGUAGGGUGACACACCUACACACAUGAGGUUUCGUUACCCGUGCGUGGGUUUGUCCACAGCCCUUAUUGAGAAGACUAGUGCAAUGAUGUAUCUAGAAGAGUAUGUGAAUAUAUUGAAUUGGAAAAUGGACUCAAUGAUCCUAGACAUUGGUUGUGGCGAUGGGAGUUUGACAUCAAAAAUUUUCAAAGAAAUAAUUCCGAAUUGCAAGACCAUGAUAGGCUGUGACAUAAGCGAAGAUAUGAUACGAUUCGCAAAUGAACACUAUGCUUCGGAACGUGUUAAUUUCACUACCCUUAACAUAGAGGGAGAUCUGCCAGAUCAGCUAAGGGAACGUUUCCACCAUGUCAUUUCCUUUUUUGCUUUACACUGGUGUCUUCGUCAAGAAACUGCGUUCCAGAACAUAUACGAUAUCCUUAGGGACGAUGGAAGUUGUUUCGGGAUUGUCGUGGGAAAAACAUCAUUAUACGAUGCAUACAGGACCCUUGCUAAAACCGAAAAAUGGAAGCCAUGGGUUACUGACGUUGAAAGUUAUAUAUCUCCAUACCAUGACAGUCAGACCAAAUCAGAUGUGACCAUCGAAAAAGCGAAAUCUGACAUGACGACUGUCGAAGAAGUCUACAUACCUCCUCUCGAUGUUCUAAGUAUACGCAUUUUGGGACUUCGCCUACCAGACGAAAAUCCUAAGAAAUUCGCUAUCAAAGUUGUAUUUUAUGAUCAGCUUUUAAUUUCGGCUAUCAUAAAAUCAGUAGGGCACAGGGAGUAUGUUAAAGAAAGGACCCUAGCGAAGGGUUUUAUGAAUUAUGACCCAUCCGAUUAUGAAAAAAUGUGUACAUUUGCUGAUAAUCCUUUGACAAUUAAAAUCCAGUCAUUAGACAAUAUAGAAAUGCAAAUGGUAUACGAUAAGACGGCAGAAAUAAAUGCCACACAAGAUCAAGAGCCAAAAGUAGCAGUGAAACCAAAAUUAGAUAUAUUCUGCUGUAAUAUUAAUAUUCUGUCAGUUUUUACAGGCAAAAAUAAACUAUACUUAAGACAAAGGCUGCAACCAAUGAUCAAGCCACGAGCGAGUCUAGCAAAGAGUUGGGACAAUUUACCCUUAGUUACACUAGAAAUAUCUGCAUUCCGUAAUCCCGCUAAUAUAAGACACCAACAAUUGUUAAAAGAGGCAAAUUUCAUGACAUUCACUCUCAUCGGAAGCUUUAAUAUGCACGUUCCUUAUGAUGAUGAACUCGUGUACACAGCAGCCACCAAGAUGCCAAUAUAUAAUGACCAGAAUUGCAGCCUCUACACAUUUAAUCAGGGAAACAGGAUUGCCAAAAGAUCGAAAAACUUAAAUUUUUUUUCUGACUGGGAAAGUUUACGACUUGGAGACGAGUACUUCACUGAGGGAGAUGAAAUGUUCACAGCCUCACUUGGCGAUUUUCAAAAUGAAGACAAGCUGGAUUUAAAUUAUUACGUGGAAGAGGGGUCGAACUUUCAUAAGACCGUUUGGAAAUCCUUUCACAAAACCUUAAUACUGAAGGAAACUGAGAAAUGGUUGUCGAGCCAUUUGAGGCGAUACAAGUGGCCCCUUGAAGUACACAUGUAUGGGGAAAAUAAUAGCGGAUAUAGCUUUAUGGGAUUCAUCGAUUUGUUCACGCUUCUAUAUCCUGGAGAAACAAAAGCCCGUAUAGCAGUUCCUCUUCAUUGGGCAAACUCAGAGCUUAUUAUGGAGAAGUGUGGCUGCGAAUCCCUUCUACCGCCAAGCGACAAGUGUCCUUCGUCCUUCAUUAGCGUCCAGAAAUCUAGCAAAGCAACCACUACAUCCGAUCAAACAAGCCCAAACGCAAGUACUUCAAGGACGUUAGGCAGACCAACUGGUAGUGACGAGAAUCCCGCUUUUGUCCUUUUGGAAAUUAAAUUGGCGAGACCUUUUAAAGAAGCCGUUAUUCCAGCACAGAUCAAUCAGUCAGAAAUAAAUAAAAUGCUUAGUGGCUUUGAGGCAAUACCAAGCAAGAGGGAAUGUUCUAGUAGGGGUCAAACGGAUAAGAAUUGGCUGUCAACUGUGAGAUUGGCAAAUACCUCUUUACGACGCGUACCGUACUUUGGUGUAACAGAUAUUUGCCUUAUGAGUCGACAGUUAGCUGGUACAAGAACUCGUCUAGAAAUUCUGACAUCGUUUUGGCAAGAUGCCGCUAUAUAUGUGAACAAUAAUUUUGUUAUUAACAAUUUUAUUGACACCGAUGAAAAGCUAGAAGAAAUGACUAUGAUGGCCCACUCGUGUCUUAUGCGUAUGUCCAGCGAUUAUCUUCUCAAUAAAGACCAUCACCAAGCAUUGGAUCCCACCCUCAGAGCAGCCAGGAAUGCACGUCAGCUCAAAGAUAUUAAGCAUGCAGCAAACCUUUAUUUGCAGACUGUUGUAAAAGCCCCCAGCGAGCCAGACCAUUGGCGGGAACUGUCAACUUGCCUCAAAGAUAUUGACAUAAAUGCGGCUAACGUCUGUAUCAAUAAGUCUAUCCUUCUGAAUCCUCGACAUCCUUUAAGUCUAUUAUCCAAAGCCUGUAUGAUAUUCAACGAAGACCCAGAUGACGCAGAACCAUUCUUUGUCUCGCUGCUCUGCCUUCAUCCAUUUUUCAAAGUUCUAUGGGUUGUUGCCAGUGCUUAUUAUUGGCACAGAGAACUAUUUCACAUAUCUACAGAAAUUAUGAACUACGUACGAAGGAUAGAGGCAGAAGGGCUGGCAGAAGACUUGCCUUACCCGCGUGCCUGGGAAAGAGAACUGGGCGAUUGGUGGGACCACACCCCACUCCUACCGGGGACCAGUCGGUACUAUGAUGCUGCUGAUCUUCUUUUACGUAUUCGAGCAACACCCUUAGCAGAGGUAUGCCUCGCACGUGCAUUAACGGAAGUCGGUGAAUCUCCAGUUUAUCAACACUUGCUAGCGCUUUGCACGCGUCUACGCAAGGAUGUCGAUACCGCACUUUGCCAUUUACAAUACGCCGUUGGAAAGUAUGGAGAUGUAAACUAUUUGCGAAGUCUCGAAGGGGAGUGCUAUCACAGGAAAAAGGAUUUCGCUAAAUCCAAAGAGAGUUUUGAGAAGGCUGGCAGCUGCCUGGGUGCUUACAGUAUUCUUCUAUCGCUACCGCGACGUGAGUCCCAACGUAUAAGAGCAAUGUUGACGGAUCUCAUACGUCGACAGCCGAGCGCGUACGCAUGGAUGAGCCUAGCCGACGACUGGAUGACGCGUAGCAGCGUAGGUGAAGGCGGCGACGCAGGCGCAACCGACGAGCAAGCUACGGCCAUCUCUUGUGCUAUUGCCUGCGCGUCCCAAGCACUGAAACUGGACAGGCAGGCGGGUCGUGCCUGGGCACUUCUAGCUAAUACUGUUAAACCAAGCGCACGAAGGCUGCAUUGCGAGAAUAUGGCUAUAUUGUGUGGAUACAGCAAGCAGCCGGGUGAGAAGAAAAAUUACGCGAGCGAGUCAAAACAGUCACUGUGUUACCGCAUUGGAAAAUCACUUCGUGAAUGUGUAUGCGGUAUGUGUGAAAAUUUGAGUCUAUAAACUCCUUGUCUUUUAAUAUAAUUUUUUUUUAAACCA